AUGUCGUCCGUCUCCCACGCUACAGAGCAUAAUAUCGGUUCCGAAGCCCCCUUAUACUUUGCAUCUCCAAUCUCGACACUCCUGGAGUCAAGAGAAGAUGAAAAUAUACAGCACAUAACACUGCAUGAUCUAGCGGAAGCAUACAGCCUGUUCGUCAACCGCAUUGAGAGGAUUGCAGUUGCUCUCUCUGACGUCAACUGCACCUCUUCUGCACUCCGAUGUGUCAAGGAAAAUGCGCUUGUGAUCGCGCAAUGUCUCCGGCGAGACAUCGGUCGCGCAUUUAUCGACCCGUUCCCGGAGAACUCACAAUUGGACCCGAUGCAAUUGUCGCAGGAGGCGUCCUUGAAAUAUAUGAAACUUGCGAGAGAUCUUACUCUAGUCUCGCAACAUGCGCUGCAAGUCGUCGCGUGCUUGUUCAGAUUUCCGGCGUUGAUGUCUGCCUUCCAACGAAUGCUGGACGAUGUCCUAGCCGUCAUCACCACCCCCUUACCCACCCCAAAUAGCAGCAAGACGCGUGCCAUCGCGAUUUGGACCUUGUCAGUCCUCAAUUUACCCAUCGCCUCACUGCAUGCACGUCGACGUCAACUAUGUGACACCAUACAGAAGACAAUCGCCUCUAGCGACGUAGAUAUAUGCGUGGCGGAUGGUAUGCAGCCACAACUCUCCACCCUCAUUGUCUCCGCCCUCGAGUCGAAUUGUCAGCAAACAGUAGGCCGAGGUCCGUCAUGGGCUUGUGUAGUGCUUGCCAGCCUUGUCAUACUGUCCGAUCGGCAAUGCUUCACCCACACGCGCACGAUCAGGCUCAUCGUCAGGUCCCUCGCACACUCCAAACGACAUCAGCAACGCUCGGAGCACCGGUAUGGUGUGGGGGUGGCGCUGGCGGCAUAUUUGUUGUCGCUCCCUCCAGGGGAUGCGCUGUUUGGAGACCAGCUGCUAUCGUCUACUGUUCUAGCUGUGGCCAAGCGUAUGGUCGAGGAUGAGGACGAGAUCGUCCACGCCGAGGGAAAGUCUGUCUUGUUGAGAUUGGUCAGUGCAAUCGGGACGUCAACAAUCCAGUCGUCGACGACCUCUAUCGUUAUCAGCAAGGAGCACGGCUGUCCCGAAGACAUUUUAGUGGAGGAACUGCUGGACGGUACUGUUCUGAAGGCUGACGAAGAGCACUUGUCUACUAUUAUAACAACUACAGGCAAGCUGGACGUUACGUGCAUUAGGCAGUACGCUGAAGUAGAGAUCGUCCAACAUUGGAGCUCCCUCCUCGAGAUCUGGCUGUCUUGCGUGCGCAGAUCAGCGUCGCAGACCUCAAUGGAUAAUCCUCUCGAUAGCCAUCUAUUGCAUAUAUGGCAAGCCCUUUUGCUCGUACACGCUCAGUUGACACAAGAGUUUGGCCAUCUCACAACACCUCCGGGGUUUGCGAACCGUCUGGUCGACAUCAUCAGCCAGGUCAUGCAUCCGGCUUCAGAUGCAUUGCCGAAUGUACAACUGGUGCUACUCACUCUUCUCAAGCAACUGGUGGUACUCAGCCAACAUUAUGACUUGACGCAGGAAGAUGUGAAGACGUGUUGGGGCGAUAUAUGCGCAUCGCUGAUACUGGCAGAUUCUCCCGAGAUACUACAUAAGUUAGCGACGAGCAAUGAGGCCGCGAACGAGGCAGAACUCACAAGAGCCUUAGUAGUUGCCCUUUCAGAGGGUCUGUAUGCGUGGAUCCGGGAUGAAGGCGAGAUACUUACGGAAGACGAAUAUAAUCGUGUUAUCGCUCCUUUAUAUCAAAGUACACUUCACCGGCUGCGCGGGCUUUCGGCGCCUGCUGAUGUCCUGCACGUGUUGGCGCCCUUCCUUUGUUCUGCCUUUGGUCAUAUUCCGUCCCCAGCCCUUGGUCCAGCCGCUUUCAAGGACUUCUGGGACCAUAUAAGACCGACGCUGCGACCUGAUCAGUCUAUACCCGCCGAAAUCAAGAAGAUCCUCGUUCCGUGUUACGAGUUCUUAGAAGGCACAGUACCUCCGGAUGUGCUGAUUUACUCGGAGUCUCAGUCUCAGUCUCAGUACCAGACACGUCGCAUUCAGAGUGUUGUUCCAGAGACGCCACCCAUGGAGUUCGGUAAUGACACAACGCGACUCGUUGAGGACGAUGUUGUAAUGGCCGACGCCCACUCGCCAGUCAGCCAUUCAGAGAGGCCUCCAAUUCAACAGACGGUGGACAACCCAGACGACGUUGUCUCCACGAUCCCGACGUCGGAACACGUCUCGAAUGAUGUAGGCCAGCCACUCAAGGAGGGCGGAAGUCCUGAUGCCCCUUUGUUCCCUUCUCCCAGAGAGGUAACGCAGCCUGGAUCCCAAGAGCAGGAACCCACUCUCGCAGAGGACCCCGUGGACGUCGGCUCAUCAUCUUCACCCGCCGGACAGCUCAACCAGAGGUCAGUCAGCGACACCUUCCGCCCCUCGGCCUCGCGGCGCGACUGGAGUGGCGGACGGAAUCUCGAACUACACCAACGCAACCGAGCGCAGUCCGACCCCAUCCCUGAGUCCUCACACUCUGGUGUUCCCCAAAGCUUACCGACCAUGCGCAAACGGGCACUGCGCACGAGCAUAGGUUCCGCCGACCAUAAUGAGGACGCAGGGAGAUCAGACCCCGACAGGCCGCCCAAACGAGCCAGGCUCGGCAGCUCCCCUCCCGACAGCGCACGCACAGAACCACACAGCCCAACCCGCCCCAACUCCUCGCCAACGGCAUCCCCGUCGCCGCAAGCCUCCUCCGCCUCCUCGUCGUUCCACCCCGCCGCACCCGCCGCGCCCGGCGACAUCAGCCCCACAUUCACCGAGAUAAUGCAGGCGUACGAGGCUGCCAGUCGCAGCACGCGCCCCAGCCCCUCCGCCAUGAGCCCCGAGUACCCCCCUCCCUCGCCGAGGUCCAGGUACGCCGCUGAGCCCGCGUCCGACGACGACGCGACCUGGGAAACGGGCGUCGACCCCGCCGAGGAGCGCGAGCAGAUGCCCGACGACGCAGAGACCGACGACGACGAAGACGAAGACGACGACGACGCGAGCAUGCGCACGGACGAGCCCGACAGCCCACAUCCAGGAGCCGGCCCCCGCUCAACCGUCCCACCGCGGCGCGGCCGGACCCCAUUCGCCAGGCGGGACUCCAUGCUCGUCGUCCCGUCCAGCGAGGACGGCGAGGAGGACCCCGCGUUCCCCCCGCCCGCGCCCGCGCCCUCGUCCUCGUCGCGCCCCGCUGCGCGUCCAGGCUCCGCGCACCCUCACCCCCUGCGCCGCACGCGCCGGAGCUCCGCGCACCUCGAGGAGCUCCAGCGCGUGUGCGCUGCGCUGCAGGAGGAGGACGGCGCGGACAUGGAUCUGCAGGAGCUCGAGGAGGCGAUGCGGCUGGUGCACGGCCUCGACGGCUGGCUGAAGGAAAGCUUGCUCAGGCGGCUCGCCCAGACCGCCGGUGCCCCGGGGGCGGGAAAGGGAAAGGGCAAGAGCAAGAGCAAGGCGAGAUAA